ACUGUACAUUAAUGCCACUGUUUUGCACAUACCAACCUCUGUAUAUUUUAUAUCUCUUAUUUUAUUGUUUUUUUUAUUCAUUUGUAAAACAUGUAUAUACGCACUAUACACACACUCACACGCACACACGUAGGAAAACAUACUUACUACACACAUUCAGUAACGUAUAUACCUUACAUACUAUACACAUUAUUACUUAGAUUAGCCAUUUUUAUAUUUUGCUUGUUUUUACGUUAUUAUAUUUUUGCACAACUCUGUUGCUGUGAAGCUCGCACACAAGAAUUUCACUCGCAUGUACUGUACUAGUGUACCUGUACAUGUGACGUGACAAUAAAAGUGAUUUGAUUUGAUUUCUGUGAAUAAAAAAUAUUAAAUCGGUAAGUUUAUAAGUUAUUUCUGUAAUGAAAAUAUAUUUUGCUUUGAGCAAGUUUUCACCAUUUAUCACGUACCGUAUUUUCAGGACUAUUAAGUCGCUCCUGAGUCGCACCAGCCAUUAAAUGUAUAAUGAAGAAGAAGAAAAAACAUAUAUAAGUCGUAUUUUGGGGGGAAAUUUUAUUUUUCUUACAAAAUCUGAGACCAAGCGUUUCACAUUGCAAGACAAGUACCAGUAACAAUAACCGAAUAAUGCGCUGCAGCAGCGCGCCACGGUCUCCAGCAGAGGAAGGCGGUGUUUGAAACCCUCCCAGCGGGACAGGGGAAUUCAUUCUUGGGUCGGAGUCGGCCCGCAGCAGCGCGGUGUAGCCUACAUACUUUGUUAUAUAAGUCACUCCGGAGUAGCAGAACCGGCCAGACUAUGAAAAAAAGUGUGAUUUAUAGUCCGGAAAAUAUGGUAGUUAUUAGUAUUUGAGAUAAAUUAGCAGACUAAAUACAUUUCAUAUAUUUCCAAAACGUAGUACUUGUUUGUAUCUUGUACAGCCAACUAGCCUUUAUUCUGGACUCAGUACAAUUCACCAAAGUAAAGAGACAUUAUACAGAUGAAGUAAGCACAAGAUAACUUACUGGAAGAAACAGAAUUAUUAUCAUGAGAACCAGAACAAGACAGCCUGAUAACAGUCAUGUGAAAAUAACAGUUAAAAAGUAUGUAUGUGUAAUAGAAAUAAAAAUAGAUUAGAAUUUAUGUAACUCGCUGUGAUCCAAACAAUAAAUCAGCCAUAGCUGAUUAGCAAUCAUGAAAUGAGGUCUGGGAGUUUUUAAGUUUCAUUCUUUUAUUACAUUUUUUUCUUAGAUCUGUUAAAAGGUCACCAUGGCAGCCUGUGUGUCUCCAACAUCAGCUACACAACGCAGCAAGUCCAUUUGGAUCAUCGGUGACAGCUGAGUGAGGCGUGGUGCCCAGAGAGCUGCAGAGACCCUCUGAGACAACCUUGGCCUCCCUGACGUCUGUGUCUCCUGGUUCGGUUGGGGCGGACUGAGGGAGGUCUUUCAGCAGCCCCAGCUCGUGCUGUCUCAGCUGUGAAGAACAUGAAUCUGCCAGAAAUUCCUCGGAACAUCAACAUUGGAGACAUCAACAUCAAAGUGCCGAGCCUCUUCCCGUUCUGAGGAGCAUUCCAGUCCAGUCCGCAGAGCUGGUGAACCAUACUACUUGUUGUUCUCCUCCACCCUUUUCUGUGGUCAAUGUGGACAACUCUGUUUUUUAUUACUGCAGAACCACAGCCGCUUACUCCCCCUUGAUUUCAGUCGUGCAUAAGGAAGUGAAGAUGUGGACUAUUUUUGAACAUGUUGCACAAUAUUGUAAAAAUGUGAUUCUAUAAAAGAUUGUUUUUUCUGCUACUCUGAGUUGUUGAAGUCAUACAAUUAAUGACUAAAUGUUUGUAAAGUGAUCUUAGAUCAGUGUUUCUCAGUUCUGUCAUCUCCAAGCAGUUUCUACUGAAUGAGCUUCAAAAUUAUUCCCCUGAAGAAAACACAUUCAGUUUAGCUUCUGUGUUUGUGACAGUGUUUUAAACAGUUUGUGCUGUAUCAUGAUUUCUAAUAUUUUUUGGUAAUUUUUUUAGUUUUGGUGAUUUGUUCCUCUCAAGAUAAUUCUCUGAGCUAAAGAUGUAAAGCAACCAGCUUUAGAUCGUUGCGUGGAUAUUUGAGUGUUCCUGUAAGUGAGGAAGUUGUUCCCUCCCUCCGAUCGCAGUAGAACUUGUACAAGCCUUUACAACCUCCCAUUUCCAGCCUACAGAUGCCAGGACCUUGUCCUAAAUCAGCAGAGGGUCUUUUUUGCUCAUCAUCGACAUUUGGACUCAAAGAAGGACGUAUAGUGGAUGUUCAGAGAUUGGAAACAAUGAAAAAUGCUGUUUUGAGAUGUUAAUUAAUCAACCAUUAAGUGAAACGAGAAGAGCACCACUGACCCUAAACAUCAGCAAACUAGGACACCUCAGAGUUCAUCUCUAACCUUGUGAAGCAGACAUGGGGAAAGUCUACCAUUUCAGUAAAAACGCUGUCCUUGGGACGCUCGUUCUGGCUGUCACUGCACUCGCUACAAUUAUAGCUCUAUCUGUCGCCUAUCACAAGGAGAGAGCCAAUAACCAAAGUAAGCCUGGAAAUGGAGCAUCAGGUACCAGCAGCACAUCUGCACCCCCCACAACCCCCUUCACACCAAAGGUGCCUUGGGACUAUUAUAGACUUCCAAAAGGCCUCGAACCCGAAUCUUACAAUGUGGUCCUGUGGCCCAGGCUGAAACCCAAUUCAGAUGGCCUUUACAUUUUCACCGGAAAUUCAACUGUGGUCUUCAGAUGUUUAAAGGACACAGACCUAAUCAUUAUCCAUGCCAACAAGCUGAACUUCACCAAUUUCAAAGGCAUGCAUGCUAAACUGAGUAGUCCUCAUGAAGAAGCAGUACCUGCCCUGCAGAAGUCUUGGCUCACGGCGAGGACGGAGUAUCUAGUUGUUCAACUGCAGAGCAAAUUAAAAGCAGGAGCAAUGUAUGCUCUUCACACUGAAUUUAUGGGUGAGCUGGCAGAUGGCCUGGAAGGAUUCUACAGGAGUGAAUACCUGGAGAACGGUCUAAAGAAGAUUGUUGCAACUUCUCAGAUGCAACCAACAUAUGCCAGGCAAGCAUUUCCAUGCUUUGAUGAACCGGCCAUGAAAGCCAUCUUCAACAUCACCAUCAUCCAUGACCCAGACACAGUGGCUCUGUCCAAUGGCAAGGAAAAGAAUUCUUCGCUCUCUGUCGUCAGUGGUGUUCCUGUCAAAGUUACUACCUUUGAGCCCACAGAGAAAAUGUCCACAUAUCUGUUGGCCUUUAUCGUCAGUGAUUUCAUUUCCAUUGAGUCAAGCACAAGUAACAUUUCGAUCCGAAUCUGGGCUCGAAGAACAGCCAUAGACAAUCGGCAGGGCGACUAUGCUUUAAAUGUUACAAAGCCAAUCCUUCAGUUUUAUGAGAAAUACUACAGUUCAAAUUAUCCACUCUCAAAAUCAGAUCAGAUUGCCCUGCCUGACUUUGACGCUGGAGCGAUGGAAAACUGGGGACUGGUGACAUACAGGGAAACGGCCUUGCUGUAUGACCCCAUGCUUUCCUCCACUGAGAACAAAGAGAUGGUCACAAUUGUCAUCGCUCAUGAACUCGCUCACAUGUGGUUUGGAAACUUGGUGACUUUGCACUGGUGGAAUGACUUGUGGCUGAACGAGGGCUUUGCUUCGUAUGUGGAGUACCUCGGAGCUGACUACGCUGAGCCCACCUGGAACAUUAAAGACAACACCAUUUUGAAUGAUGUGCAGAAGGUGUUAGCUAUUGAUGCCCUGGCCUCAUCUCACCCUCUGUCCCGGAAAGAGGAGGAGGUCAGCAAGCCCGCUGAAAUCAGUGAGAUGUUCAACAGCAUCUCCUACAACAAGGGAGCUGCAGUGCUCAGGAUGCUGUCAGAGUUUCUCACUGAGCCUGUUUUUGCCCAAGGCCUGAGUUCUUACCUCAACACAUUUGCCUUCAAAAACACAGUGUACACAGACCUAUGGGACCAUCUCCAACAGGCAGUAGACAACACACCAGGGUUGGACAUUCCACGUUCUGUCUCUGAGAUCAUGAACCGGUGGACACUUCAGAUGGGCUUCCCAGUGGUCACAGUCGACACCCGAACAGGAACUGUCACCCAGAAGCACUUCCUGCUGGACCCAGACUCUGUAGUGGGCAGACCAUCCCAGUUUAACUAUACAUGGUUUAUUCCAAUUAAAUGGAUGAAAAAUGGUGUGGAUCAGCAACAAUACUGGCUCCUUGACAAGACAGAUACCCAUAGCUCGAUGAGAGUGUCUGGAGAGGAAUGGGUUUUGGCAAACACGAAUGUAUCUGGAUUCUUUAGGGUGAACUAUGAUCUCGACAACUGGGGCCGUCUCCUUUCUCAGCUCAACACCAACCAUCAGGUUUUAUCGGUCAUAAACCGAGCACAGAUCAUUGAUGAUGCAUUCAGCCUGGCAAGAGCAAAACUGAUCAAUACAACUCUAGCACUGAGAACAACCACAUACCUGUCCAGAGAGAGAGACUACAUCCCGUGGGAAUCAGCCCUUAGAAACUUAGACAACUAUGUUCUCGUAUUUGAUCGCACUGAGGUUUAUGGAGCAUUGCAGGCAUACUUGAAGAAACAAAUCAAGCCACUAUUUGAGCACUUUAGGACACUCACUGCUAACUGGACCAGAGUUCCCACAGGACACUCUGACCAGUAUAAUCAGAUCAAUGCUCUCAGAAUAGCAUGUGAUGUUGGUGUGGAGGGCUGCAGGGAGCUGAUAAAAUCCUGGUACCGACAGUGGAUGGAAAAUCCAGAUCACAACCAGAUCCAUCCCAACCUGAAAAGCACAGUUUACUGUAAUGCCAUAGCCUUCGGUGGGGUGGAGGAGUGGGACUUUGCCUGGAGAAUGUUUCAAACAGCCUCUCUGGCAUCCGAAGCCUCCAGACUCCGAUCAGCUAUGGCCUGCACCAAAACACCAUGGCUUUUGAACAGGUAUCUGGAGUACACCCUUGACCCAACUAAAAUUCGCAAGCAGGACUCCAUCUCCACCAUCGAGUACAUCGCCCGGAACGUUGUAGGAAUGCCACUGGCUUGGAACUUUGUCACAGCAAGAUGGAGUUACAUCUUCGAACAGUAUGGACAAGGAUCUUUUUCCUUAACUGAUCUCAUCAGUGGAAUCACAAUGAGAUUUUCCACAGAGUUUGAGCUGCAGGAGCUGAAGAGGUUCAAAGAAGACAAUCUUCAUGUUGGCUUUGGCUCAGCCACCUUGGCCCUGGAGCAAGCCAUAGAAAAAACCACAGCCAACAUCAAAUGGGUGAACGAGAACAAAGCUGAAGUCCUCAAGUGGUUCAUUAAAGAAACCACAUGAGGAACCCAAAAUUUAAUGUGACUCUUCGUCUAUUCAAAGACAAAGUUGAGUAGUCGUGGAGUUGAUGAAUCACAAUAAACACAACAACUAUGACACAAUAAAAACAGAGAGUCACUGUACCUUUAAUUUUUCCGAUAUGCUUACCAUUAUUUGCUGAUGAUAACUUUAGGAGCUGUGGAGCAGCUGCUUCUUGACACCUCGGUCUGUGUUUCUGCUAAAGAUUUCAAUAUUAGACCAUCUUUUACCCUCUGACUGAUGGGAAGUGACAACUUUUCAUGUGAACUAGAUUUGAAAGUGAUUCCAAUUUAAUAGUGUUGCCUGCCUAAUGUGUGUUGAUUCUCUCUUCCACCAGAGUUAGGUUCAGUACUCUUUACAUUAAAUAUGUUUAACUGGGUCGAAUUAUUAGAAUUCACAGAAUAAGUGUAUUGUUUGUGCCUGAAGAAAGGUUUAAUACUUAUUUGUUUCAUAGUGUGAUCAUUAUUCUUUUCAUUUUAGAAGUAUAAGUAGGGAUGCACCGAUAUGAAAUUUUGGGCCGAUACUGUUAUACGAUAUUAGAAAUGUUUUGAUGACUGAUAACUGAUAUUUGCGCGCGCACACACACACACACACACACACACACACACACACACACACACACACACACACACACACACACACACACACACAUUCUGGUUUUCCCUGUUUAGGGGGACACACACAUACUUGUUUUUAGUGGUUGGGGCGACUCAAGCUAAAACACACACUUAUUGGGUCAGAUUGUUUUACAUUAUUAUUUCAUUGUUUAAUUACUUGUUAUUCACUUGAUAAAAUCAGUUGGUUGAUAUUUAUUGAUUAACGCUUCAGAAGGAGCUGAAGUGAUGAUAUUAGUUAAUAAAUGUAUAGCCGAUUAAGA